AUGCUAAAAUUGUCUGAUAGCGUCGAUUCCCAAUUAGAUUUUGAAUCGUUUUCUUCGAAAGAAAUUAAAUGCGAUUCAUUAAACGAUGAAACGUUGACCAUUUCAACUGGGCAAACUUCUAUUUUUGGCACAGAGUCAGAUAUUGAGGAUAUUGACCUGGAUCGUUUAAUUCACGAACGUCAUGUGUUUGUAACUUCUGGAGCCAACUUAGAGGUCGAACAUGAUCCAAAUCAACAAAGUAAAUUUAGAUUAUUAUUUAGUCUUUUAAAAAAUUUUAUUGGUGUAAAAGAUAUUGUAACUUUACGUAUUUCACUUCCUGCUCAAUUACUUGAACCAAUUGGAAAUUUAGAGUAUUGGAAUUAUAAUGACAGACCUGAUUAUUUAAUUUGUAUUGGUGACUCGGAUGAUCCGUUGGAAAGGAUGUUUGCUACUAUUAGAUGGUGGUUUUCUAAAGAUUUAAAAUAUGUUAAAGGAAAGUUGAUAAAACCUGAAUAA